AAUGAAUGAAAUAUUUUGUAAACAGCUGAUUUCCGCUUUGUCGAGUCAGCGCUUAACUUCGCCAACCAAGCCUCAACAUACUGCGUAUUUCUCUCGGAACAUCGAAGGAGAAAACGAAAUAAAUACGCAGAAAUACUCUUAUAACUGAGCCACUAAUCAAGAAAUAAUGGCUCAGCAUUUUGGAGGCACAACUGUAUUCAUGGAUGUUGAAAAUAGACACACUUCAAAUAACCAAAUUAAUCGGAAAUCAAAGAGGGAAGAUGCAUCAAAUCGAGGACAGAAUGGUCCACAGGCAACAAAAAGGGCGGCGCUGGUCGCUAUUUCAACAAAUACUUCAACACGGAUUCAGCCGUUUAGGGCGGUAAAGCAGCAGACAACAGAAUUAUCUGAGAAUGUUUACCAAGACGAAAAUGCAUUGGUCAACCGAACUAGUAAGCAACCUUUCUCAAUUACCUGUGGGAGGCCCACUGCCUUCUCUAUUCAUGUGGAUUCUGAAGGUGUAUCGUCGUCAACAACAAAGGAGCACUCGAUACCAGCUAUGUUACAACAACUGCCCACAGCAGUGACUACGUCAAGUAGACAACCACUUUCAGAAGUUUUCCUUAAUUUAGAUCAAAGUGCAGAUUCACCAAUGGUUCUAGAUGCAUCUAUGCAAAGUGAACAAGACACUAGUGAGAGAAUAGUAGAUAUUGAAGAAAAUGAUGCAGAAACUCAAUCUGCAGCAGAAUAUGCUGCAGACAUCUACCAGUACUUAAAAGAAGCUGAACAAAAGCAUCGCCCAAAACCAGGAUAUAUGCGCAAGCAGCCAGACAUCAACUCAAACAUGCGUUGUAUUCUCGUUGACUGGUUGGUAGAGGUAGCAGGAGAAUAUAGAUUGCAUGAUGAAACGUUAUAUCUUGCAGUCUCAUACAUCGAUCGAUUCCUAUCUCAAAUGAGUGUACUUCGUAGCAAGCUGCAACUCGUGGGGGCAGCAAGCAUGUUUGUAGCAGCGAAAUUUGAAGAAAUUUACCCACCUGAUGUUGGCGAGUUUGUGUACAUCACAGACGACACAUACAAAGUUAAGCAAGUACUGAGAAUGGAACACCUUAUACUCAAAGUGUUGUCCUUUGACCUCGCUUUACCAACUAUUAACAGUUUCCUGAGUAGAUAUUUGAAAGCUACAAAUGCAGACAACAAAACAGAACACCUGGCUAGGUAUUUGGCAGAGUUAACGCUACAACAAUAUGACCCAUACAUCCGGUAUCUGCCUUCGUUAAUUGCAGCCUCAGCUGUAUGUCUAGCUAAUCACACCAUGGAAAAACCUGCAUGGUCUGCUUUGUUGACUUAUCACACUGGAUAUAAAAGUGAGGAAAUUAGCCAGUGUGUCAAGGAUCUUUUUCAAACAUUCAUCAACGCACCAAAUUCACCUCAACAAGCCGUCAGAGAGAAGUACAAAGCACAAAAGUUCAGUAGUAUUUCCUUAGUACCAGCACCUGUCACAGCGCCCUUGUUAUGACUAGGGCCUUCUUCUGGUGCCACACCGAUUUUAAAACGUCUUCGAGUGUUUGAGCAGUUGACGAGUACUCGAUAAGGAACACGGAAUAGCAGCGUUUAUUCAGAAGUUAAAUCAUGUAAAAAACAAUAGGUUUAUUCUGCACAUAAUUUUGAAUAUGUAAUUUGCGAUUUUAAAAAUCGGUUCUCUCACAAAUAUUAAUGAAGACUUUUUAUGCGAUUUUAAUAAGUAGGCUGCUUCCCUACCAGCUGAUGUAUGCUACUUUAUUAAUGCAUUUUAAUUAUUCAUUUAAGUUAGUUUUAUUUCCUGGUUUUAAACAUUGCUUAUAUAAGUUACUGUUCAAUAUUGUACAUUUAUUAUUCUUGCAUGACAAACAUUGGGUUAUUGUUAUAGACUUAGUAAAUCAAUACAAGUUUUCAUAUUGGAAUGCUUUUGUAACUUUUUGGUAUUGUCAGACCCAUUUAAUUUACCUUGGCAAAUAUGUAUUUUGUGUGUAUUGUAUAUAAAUUGAGUGUAAUAAAGAAUUUUAUCUG